AUAUCAAUAUAGUGGUCAAAAUUGCCGAGCUAGGGACAAAUAGUAUAAGGAUAAAAAGACAAACCCUAGCUUCCGAUCAUGCCUACGAACAAUCUGUGAUCCGUCACUGCGCAGGUAGAUCGACGAUCCUAAAAAUAUACAGUGCUCGUAUUACGGCCGCAAUUUCUCUUCAUACCGUAGCAGCUACGAGUCAAGGGAGCAGGAAUGGUAGAUACCCUAAUUCGAGUCACAGGAACCCUUCUAGGGUGUUGCGUAGGUUAUAUUGUACAACAUAGCUGGGUAUCAGAUCUUGAGACGAAGCGGCAAAAGCUUGUGAGGGAGUCUUUUUGGUACCAUGGGGGACCUGAAAAUCUAAGGGAAAAGAUGUGGUCUGACUUUAAGGUAGUAAAGAUGUGGUCUGAUCUAAAGAAAAAGAUGUCCUCUUUUCCACAGGGAGUAAAGAUGUUUUCUGAUCUAGGGGAUAAGGCUUGUUCUGAACUAAGGGAGAAGACGUUGUCUGAUCCAGGUGAAAUGAUGUCGUCUGAUCUUAAGGAUGAAGAUGGGGUCUGAUCGAAAAUCAAACAUCUCCAAACUUCGAUGAUCAUCGUGUGGAAUCUGAAAUAGUAUUGGGUUUCGUUUUUGUGAAUUACUUGCGUCUUGCCAUCUUGUUCAUUCGCCCAACAAGUAAUGUCAUAUUGGUUCUUAA